AAAGGCCACCCACUUCUCACUUGGGCAUCAAGAAGCCCUUUUCUGAAGUUGCCUCCAGACGAGAAUCCCUAAAAAGGCCCUGUUUUCCUCUGCCACUCUCAAUCCUCGCAGCUUGGUGCCCCAAUCCAACCUCUUUACUUCUCUCUGCCAGCCAUCACCAUGAACUGCGAAGCUUGCGAUCUUAAAGAACUGGAAUUGGAGCACUUCCAGAUACGCGAAGUUCUACGCUGUAUACUUCACACGAUUGUGUUUCAUAGAGCCUUAGGGCUGGUGCGGCCCAAAGACAUUGAUUUAGAACUGUUUGAAAUUACAUAUGUACAAUGUGGAGAUGCAGAAGUUGAAAGGAAGAUCAAUGAGAAGAUUGACCAGUUCAUCAGUUGGGUAGAGAAACACCCAAACAAGAAAAGUCAGAUAUGCCUAUCUUUCUAUGAAGUGAAAAAUAAACAAGCAUCUUGGUUUACUAACAAAAUUGAGCGCCGAUCUUGGGAAUACUGGUAUAUCAACUUGAAUGUGGCACAACACCCAAAAGCGCAUUCUAGCAAGUCUCACCAUUCCAAAGCGGUAGUUGACCCAGGAGAAAGUGCGUCAGAGGACAGAAGUCUUCGCAGGGCAGCACUCGAAGCAUCUCUACGUGAGGUUUUAUUUCAAAUCAUAAAAUUUGUUAAUGAGAAAAAGGAUCAUAUCCCUUCUAUACCAAGUGCAGAGGGUGUCUCAUUUCCCUAUGAGAUCACUAUCCCAAGUUCAUCCGAUUCUGCAUUUGGGAUGGACAUGUUCAAGAGGAUGCUCCAAAGUGGGCAUCCAACCAUGCUCAGCUAAUUAUCCGAGCUCAAAAGCUGAAUCACUUCUUCCUAAUCUCCUGCUCAGGUGAAAUAAUUCCCCUUCUGUUGGUGGGGUAGUCAGAAUGUGCAUCUGAUAACUUGUUACCCCCUAUACAGAAGAAAGCUGCAGAGAAGAGCCGGUUCGAUUUUCUGAAAAGGAAGUGCUUGUUAGGUACAUAAUUAAUUGUUUUUAUCUUCGUAGAUAUUCUCUUUUUUGUUUAUCUAGUUCCUUCAUUUUCGUCUCUGGUAUGGUGCUUAUACCUCCUGUACAGACCAUUUUGCUAGCAGUCCAAUUACCAGGAUCAUAAACUAUGAUGUGAAAUACCAUGUUUAAAUUAUGAAUGUGAAUCAUGUUUAAGUA